ACCGGAAACGCCUUUAAUCGCUAUCUGAUUCGCUAGCCAGCCAGCUACUAAGUUGUGUGGCAAAGAUCCGGAUUAUAAUCCGCAUCUCAGAAACUUGAGCAGAACUUCAAUUCCUUGAAAAUAAAAUUCAUUUAUUUUUCACAAAUAAGUACGUACCAAUUGUAGUUGAUUGUUAUUUCUUUUCCCUGUUUGGCUACUUUUCCGGAAAACUAUCAUUUGACAGGGUGGCGUUCUCAGAUCCAGUAUCAGUAGCACGAACAGUGCCUGGACUUCUUCGAGUGUUCUUUGCCGUUUGAAAAUGAUCAGAUCGCACUUAUUUGUCAGAUUGGGGUCCAGUAAUUUUCGCGCAAUAACUCCGCGUAACGCUCGAUCCUUGAAACUUCCUACCUUGUGGAAACCUCCGGAGAAGGAGAAAAAAGGGGAAGAAAAGAAAAAACCAAUGAUUCGCACUGACGACCAGCGACGAAAGAAACCAGAUGCUCUUGCUUUGAGGCAAGCAGCGGAAAUUGAACGGAAAACGUUGUAUUUCGAUGAAAUCAGGGAAGAUCUACGCAAUAAAGCGACAUUUCAGCUGGCAAUAGCCAGUUUUCUCCAGCGUGAUAUCCGUCGAGCAAACCACGUGGACUUCAUCUACGCUGCAUUAAAACGGAUGAAGGCAUUCGGAGUGCAUAAAGAUUUGGAAGUGUAUAAAGAUAUUUUGAACGUUUUCCCCAAAGGCAAGUUCAUUGCGCAGAAUAUGUGGCAGGUGGAAUUCAUGCAUUAUCCGCGCCAUCAAGAUUGCGCCAUCGAUGUCCUGUGUGAAAUGGAGCAUAAUGCUGUGAUCCCCGACAUUGAAUUAUACCAUAUUAUUUUAAAUUCAUUUGGAGAUCGGUCGAUCGUUAUGAGGAAACUGAAAAGAAUGUUUUACUGGCUUCCGAAAUUUAAACAUGCAAAUCCCUACCCUGUACCCAUGCUUCUGCCUAAAGAUCCGCUUGAACAAGCGCGAUUAGCUUUGGAACGAAUGAGUCCAGAUCUUAGGCGAGAAAUUACGACUUUUCAGACUUCGGAAAUUCCGACUGCGAGCGAUAAGACCUGGGUAGCCAGCUGCAUUUGUCCGGACCAGCGCGAGUUGAUCUCUAAUCUUCCACCUGAUCGUCCUUUGUUUGUUGAAGGCGAGUUUCAGGUGUACUUACGGGACAGCGCUUUGAAGUAUUUUAUUCUACGGGAUGAACUUGACCGAUUAUUAGAACCCGGUAGAGAACACGUACCAGCUCCUCAUCAUCAAGUUGACACAAAUACGGAUUGGGAUCUGUUUUUUAAAACGGAAAAGCCUAAAGAAUUUGCAAAAGAGCCAUCGGUGCAUGAACAAGAUAAUGGAAAAAUACUGGGAAUGUGCAUUACGGGAUCGGCAACGAAAGAUUCUUUAGUUUCAUGGAUGGCUUAUCUCUCCAGGACCAAUCCUGAGCUAAAAAAGCGGCCAAUUGUUUUUAGAUUAAGAUCCGCUGCUGAAUACACAGACAUAAUCCCGACUGAGAGUGAGCAGGUUCGAGAAGAAAUUGUGAUGAGCUUAUAAUCUGUGUGCGGAUACUUCUGUAGCAUCGUGGAAGUGAUUCAGCUGGAAUUAUUUUACUGCCUUGUGGGUUGUUUUUUAUGGAUUUUGUUUGGGAUUUUGCUUUUUGUCGGUCAUUGACAUCUGUGUAUUCUUGAUCGCAUGCAAGUUCUCUGACUAAAAGCAUUUCGACGAU